CGGCUCUACAAAUUCCCUAGGAAGGAGCUGCUCCAGAAACAGACUUCACUCUAGGUGUCCUACACUCUUUCUGGGGCCCAUUUUAGAGUAAGAUUUACCAUGCUGCCCUGAUUUUCUUUGGUUAUUGUCAUUGCCCCCAUUUUCAACACAUUUUUAUAGACCCUACCCAGGUUCUUCUCCCCUUAGCCUUCCUCCACCUUCUGCCACACAUAGCACUUCUGACCUCAUAAUCCCUCAGCUGCAGCCUCAGGCCCCACCCCUAGGGAUGUUGGCUAUCCACAACUGCCCAUAGCUCUCUCCUGUCUGCCCAGUCUGGGCCUCCUCAGUCAAUGUAAUCCAUCUGCCUCUCCAGCCCCCUGAUCUUAUGGGUCCACUUGGCCCCUCAAGGCCUCUAGGACACCCUCCUUCUGCCAUGACAUAUCAAGGCUCUCUUUGAAGAGUGAGAAGAUCUUGAGAGCAUGUUCAUCUUUAUCAAACAUGGAGAUAAUCAGAAGUUUCUGGCCAAUACUAACUGUUCUGUCCUUCUGCUGCUGCAUUAUGCCCGCUGUAAAGUGGGGUUGCCUACAACAGAAACCACCGAUUUAUGUGAUGAAACAGGGACAAUGAAGUUGUUUUUUCUAAUGAAGACUCCUGGAGACUUUGCCAACAAAUUCCUUACAGCUCGAAACACCUACUACAUUUGUAAGGUGGAGCGUGGGGCACCAGGAACUACAGUUGAGAGUGCCUACAAAGCAUUUGUGCCCCUCUUGGAGAACCCAGAACCCAAGCUUAUUGAUGCCUUGCGUACACAAUGUGACCUCCUGGAGAGGAGUCGAAUGAAAAUGCUUAGAAUCCAAGAAGCCAAGAAAGUCGUUCCAAUUGAAUCCUCUGUGAACCUCACAUCCAAAUCAUCAGGACGAUCAGAUGAAGAGGGGACCACUCCCAGGGCUCCCGUCUUGAAGACCAGAGCGGACUUGGUCAGUAGGAAGGAUAAACAUCGCGAACAAAAUAAAGUGACCAAGUGAGA